CGCCCCCCGUCGCGGCGGCUUGCCGUGCCGCUCCAUGGGACACGCGCUGUUGUUUUCCCCCUGCAGCCGGCGGGAGGCGGUGGUGGAGAAACAGUGCGAGGAUGCCGGGGAAGCUGAAGGUCAAGAUCGUGGCGGGGCGCCAUUUGCCCGUGAUGGACCGCGCCAGUGACCUCACCGACGCCUUUGUGGAGGUAAAAUUUGGAAAUACAACAUUUAAGACAGAUGUGUAUCCCAAAUCUCUUAAUCCUCAGUGGAAUUCUGAGUGGUUCAAAUUUGAAGUAGAUGAUGAAGAGCUACAAGAUGAGCCUCUCCAGAUCACAGUUCUUGAUCAUGAUACCUACAGUGCUAAUGAUGCCAUUGGCAAAGUGUACAUAGAUAUUGAUCCUUUGCUCUACAGUGAAGCAGCUACAGUUAUUUCGGGAUGGUUUCCCAUCUAUGAUACCAUUCAUGGUAUACGUGGGGAGAUCAGUGUGGUGGUGAAAGUAGAUCUCUUCAAUGAUUUAAACAGGUUUAGGCAGUCAUCCUGUGGAGUCAAGUUUUUUUGCACUACAUCCAUUCCUAAGUGUUACAGAGCAGUAAUAAUUCAUGGAUUUGUGGAAGAGCUUGUAGUCAAUGAAGACCCAGAAUACCAGUGGAUAGACCGAAUUCGUACACCAAGGGCAUCAAAUGAGGCUAGACAAAGACUUAUUUCACUCAUGUCAGGUGAAUUGCAAAGGAAGAUUGGCUUGAAAGUGCUUGAGAUGAGAGGAAAUGCUGUUGUUGGUUAUUUGCAGUGUUUUGAUUUGGAGGGAGAGUCUGGACUAGUAGUACGAGCCAUAGGAACAGCCUGCACGUUGGAUAAACUAAGUAACCCAUCAGCAUUUUUACCUGCAUGUAACUCCCCAUCCAAAGAAAUGAAGGAGAUUCCCUUCAAUGAAGAUCCCAAUCCCAAUACUCAUUCAUCAGGACCCUCCACCCCUCUGAAAAACCAAACCUAUUCCUUUUCACCUUCCAAGUCCUACAGUCGACAGUCCUCUUCUUCUGACACAGAUUUGAGUUUGACACCCAAAACUGCACCUUCCCCACAGGGACCUAGGAUUUUCCUGUUUCCCAGCUCCCCUACACUCUCUUGUGAUUCCCCACAUCUUAAAAAGUCCUGUCUCCUCUCGGGGUCUAGCGUUAACCCUCUACACUCUAGCCAUGUCAGCCCAGUUGUUCUGAGGAAAAGUGUUUCUUUCACUGAAGAGCUACUUCUGGCUGCUUCUGGAAUGGGCAGUGGGAGUGCUGGAAAAGAAGGGGGGCCAUUUAAAACUCUUUUAAGGCAACAGACUCAGUCAGCUCUGGAACAAAGGGGAGGAUCGCCUCAUAGGUUCUGUAGAAGGCGGGAAUUUCCAUUUUUUACCUUGACGACCUUUCCACCAGGCUUUCUUGUCCACGUUGGUGGUGUUGUCAGUGCACGGUCUGUGAAGCUCCUGGAUCGCAUUCACAAUCCUGCCUUUGUCGGAAUUAUGGGUAACACAAGAUCAUACAAACUGCUAGACUGGAAUAGUUUCAAUUCAGAUGAACCAGAAACACGAGAUGCAUGGUGGGCAGAAAUCAGACAAGAAAUAAAAUCCCAUGCCAAAGCAUUGGGUUGUCAUGCUGUAGUGGGCUACAGUGAAUCAACUAGCAUUUGUGAAGAGGUCUGUAUUUUGUCUGCAUCUGGCACAGCAGCUGUACUGAACCCUAGGUUUCUUCAGGAUGGCACCAUGGAAGGCUGUUUGGAACAAAGGUUGUCAUGGCAGCCUGGCUUCUUUUCCAUAGGGUCAGAGAAGGGAGAGGUUGAUUUUUUUCCUCAGAGCCAAGAUAGUUCUUCUCUAUUAGGGAUUGAAGAAACUUCACCACCAGGUUGUGGAUUUUGCCAUAUACCAUAUGAUGAACUGAACAUGCCAUUCCCUGCUCACCUCACUUACUGUUACAACUGCAGAAAGCAAAAAGUUCCUGAUGUUCUUUUCACCACAAUUGAUCUUCCUGUAGAGGCAAUAGUUAUUGGGAAGGGAUGUCUUAUUCAAGCCAGGUUAUGCCGUCUAAAGAAGAAAGCUCAAGCUGAAGCAAAUGCAACAGCUAUCAGUAAUCUCUUGCCAUUUAUGGAAUAUGAAGUGCACACCCAACUGAUGAAUAAACUGAAGCUGAGAGGAAUGAAUGCUCUAUUUGGGCUGAGAAUUCAGAUCACUGUGGGUGAAAAUAUGCUGAUGGGAUUGGCAUCUGCAACAGGUGUUUAUCUAGCAGCUUUGCCAACACCUGGUGGUAUUCAGAUUGCUGGGAAGACUCCAAAUGAUGGCACCUAUGAGCAGCAUAUAUCUCACAUGCAAAAGAAAAUAAAUGAUACAAUAGCAAAAAACAAAGAACUUUAUGAGAUUAAUCCUCCAGAGCUACCUGAAGAAAUCAUUGGGUCUCCCAUUCCAGAGCCAAGACAACGUUCCAGGUUAUUAAGAUCUCAGUCAGAAAGCUCUGAUGAAGUUACAGAGCUAGACCUUUCACAUGGGAAAAAGGAUGCUUUUGUCUUGGAGAUUGAUGAUACAGAUGCAAUGGAAGAUGUACAUUCUUUGCUGACAGAUGCUCCACCACCUUCUGGUUUUUACAGUUGCAACACAGAAAUUAUGCCUGGUAUAAAUAACUGGACACCGGAAAUUCAAAUGUUCACAGCAGUAAGAGUAUCCAGACUAAGCAAUGUUAAUCUAACAAAUCAAGCUCUUAAUAAGAACUUUAAUGAUCUCUGUGAGAAUCUGUUGAAGAGCUUGUAUUUUAAACUGCGAUCUAUGGUUCCCUGCUGCCUUUGUCAUGUGAAUUUUACAGUUGCUCUACCAGAGGAUGAAUUAGUUCAGAUUGCAGUCACAGCUGUUGCAAUUACAUAUGACAAAACCCAAGCAUUACAAACCAACAAAGGCCCUACAGAAAAAUCACAGCAAAGAGCAUCUACAGACAAUGAAGAACAGCUGCAGUUUCCAUUGGAACUUUGCUCUGAUGCCCUUGCUUCUCAACCAUUCUCACCAUCUAAAGAAGUCCUGGAGGGUGCAAGUUCUCACACAGGUAUUCCUGCGGCUCAGAGAGCAACGUCAGUUGAUUACAGUUCCUUUGCAGACAGAUGCAACAGCUGGAUAGAGCUCAUUAAACUGAAAGCUCAGACCAUAAGGCGCGGAUCAAUUAAGACAACUGCUUCACUUGAUAAAGCAAGUCCAUUGGCUGAGGGGUACUUACGGCACCGUUCUGUUCCAUCAUGCACCAAUUCUACCGUCUCAGUUGUUAAGAUGACACCUCUUUCUUUUCUACCUGGGGCAAAAAUAACCAAAUAUCUUGGGAUAAUCAACAUGUUUUUUAUACGAGAAACCACUUCUUUGCGUGAGGAGGGUGGUGUCAGUGGUUUUCUCCAUGCUUUUAUUGCUGAAGUGUUUGCAAUGGUGAGAGCUCACGUUGCAGCUUUAGGAGGGAAUGCAGUUGUCUCCUACAUAAUGAAGCAGUGUGUUUUCAUGGAGAAUCCAAACAAAAAUCAGGCACAGUGUUUAAUAAAUGUCAGUGGUGAUGCCGUCAUCUUUGUACGUGAAUCUGAGCUAGAAAUGUUACCAGUCCAGCCUUCUACAGCUGUUUCUCAACCCACAAGUACAGGAGGAGAUGUCACAACAUGAAGACAGAAAAAAUUAAAUAAUUUCUGCCAAAUAUAAAGAUUAUUUAAAAUGUGGGAAUGUUUAGGUUUGCAUCUUCAAAACUGGUAUCUACCCAUGAUGUUAAUAGCCAAAAUCUGAGACAAUCACUAUCCUUUGUCCUUUAACUUUAUGUAACAGUCAAGGUAGCAUAUCAUCAGGUAUGCUGUCAUGUAUUUGUUGUAAUUACAGGCACCUGUGAAACCUAGGAGCAUGGAUUGAAAUAGUAAGCAUCACAUGGCAUUGUGAAAGUGAACAAAAAUUCUGUUGCAUUUUUGAGCUGUUGAACAGGACCACGAGAAGCUAUAAUUCAGAACCAUUUCUGAGUUUGCAUAUUGUAUUAGCUGAGUUCCAGCUCUGUUUAAGAACUAAAAGAUGAGUUGGGGUGGGUGGGAGAUACUGAGAAGCCUGUGUUGGCAACCAUUGCUGAAGGAACAAGAGAAAGAGGCAAAGAACAUGUGAGCUGAAGCCUGAACGUGCAUCAUAGAGUGUGAGGAGGAAGAAGCAGCACCAAAACAUUACAGUUUGAAUUUCUUCACACUAAAAAUAUUUUUAAACUGUUUGUGAACUGCUGAUUUGUUUUUCUAAAGAUUAUUGCUAAGCAGCAAAUGUUUUGGGUGGGUGUUCUGGGUUUUUUUUGUUGUUCUUGGUUUUGUUUUUAGCAAGGUGCCAGACCAUGAUGCAGACUUCAUAGUCAUUCCUGUGGUUUAAAAAAAAGAACAAAAAGUUCUGAAGUGUGUUUGGUGCUAUAAUAAGAUGUUCACUUCCACAUUGACAAGACAAAUCUUUUUUUAAUAUAAGAUUCUGUGAAAGAAUUGCCCUGAGGCUCAUUUUCUUAAGGCAUGAUCUCUUGCAAGGAUGACAUGAAGAGUCUUCCAAAAGUCAUUUGUACAAGAGGUAGUCUCCAGUCUCCUUUCCAUUUAACAAGUUGGCAAUGCCUUGUUAAUAGGAGAUUAAUGUAUGUUUGUGAUGCUGCUUUCUGCAAGUUGAGGAUUUUGUUGUUGGGUUUGUUUUUUUUUUCCCCGUACUGUAGCUGGGAAAUAAGGGUACUGCAAAGAAAGGAAAUUUGUCAUUUCCAUUGAGUGUCUGAAAGGUGGUGAUGUUUGAAGAUACAAAAUGCAAACUUUGAUUUGAAGAUGCAUUCUUACUUAAUUCUGACAAUACCAUUCAUGGAACUUGAACAAACAUGUAAACUUGAAUGUAAAUAUUCUGCUUGCAAAGGCAUGAUUAUUUGUUAAAACUAAUUAUUUCACUGUAAAUGAGCAUGGAAAUCAUUCUUGCACAUUAAAUUUCUUUACAAAAUUAA